GCCUUUUAGGGUUCUCCUCUCUUAGAAGGUAGAGCCACCUGAGAAGUAUUUUCAGAGAGAGAGAGAGAGAGAGGGAGAGAGGCACCAGUCGCGCCGUGACGGGAGUGGAGCAACCAUGGUACACGUCGUGUCUAAUCGCAACUAUGACACGACAUUUAAGAAGCCUCGUUGUCCAUAUGAGAAGGAGCGUUUGGAUGCUGAGCUAAAGCUGGUGGGAGAGUACGGGCUGCGUUGCAAGAGAGAGCUUUGGGGGGUUCAGUUUGCCCUGAGCCGAAUCCGUAACAAUGCAAGGAUGCUUCUGACCCUUGACGAGAAGAACCCUCGUCGGAUCUUUGAGGGUGAGGCAAUGCUGAGGAGGAUGAACCGAUAUGGGCUCUUGGACGAGGGUCAGAACAAGCUGGAUUAUGUUUUGGCUUUGACUGUGGAGGACUUCCUUGAGCGUCGACUACAGACAGUUUAGAGCGCAGUACAACGGAGAGUUGUAUGCUGCGUUCAGGAAGGAUGCCCGUGUGCUCCUCAGGCAGAGGCAUAUCAGAGUUGGAAGGCAAGUGAUGAACAUUCCAUCCUUCAUGGUCAGAUGUGAUUCCGAGAAGCACAUUGAUUUUGCCAUUACUAGUCCAUUGGGUGGCGGAGGCCCCGGUAGAGUCAAGAGAAGGAACUUGAAGGCAGCUGCCAAGAAGGCCUCUGGUGGUGGAGAUGGAGAUCAAGAUGAUGAGGGAAUGAACACCGAGUUAAAACCAUUUUCGUUGAAGUUUAGUCUCGUGCAACACUAUUUUGUUGCCGGUUCUGAACUUGAUUUUUGAAUUUAGUAAACGAAACACCUUUAGCGUGCUAGGAUAUCUUAAAUCAAUGGAUAUUAUAUUACCUGGUUUUUGACAGAGUUCACCCAAUGUUUUCCUUUGUUGGCUGUUGGUAUCUUUAUACCUGGUCCUUCCGUAUAUUAACCUUGUUCCUUUUAUUCUUUGGUUUCCUUGGAAAAAAGUCACAAAGUCAUCUUACUCUUCUUCUACCCAAUAACACCAAUCUCGUUCUACCUUUGCCAAACCCCAAAUCCAGAAAUGGACUCCAUCAACGUUCUCAAAGGCUACGGCAAGGUAAACCCAGAACACAACCUAGAAGUCCAAGCUCAGAAGAUCCCCCACCCACCCAAAAGGCCGAUCAUCUCCACCCUUGUCAUCUCAGCCAUCGUCGGCUUAACCUUAGUGAUCGGCCUCAUGCUCGUAGCCCUCAUCCAUGAAUCCACCACCGAGUCUCCAUCCCUAUCCACCUCCGCCGAGUCAACCAUCAAAACCGUCUGCAACGUGACUCGGUACCCUGAGCCCUGUUUCACCUCCAUCUCCUCCAUCAACAGCUCUCCUAAACCAGACCUUGUAUCCAUCCUUAAGCUCUCUCUCCAAGCCUCCAUUUCCGAGCUUUCUCAUCUCUCUUCGGUGCUCAAGACCAUGAACUCCGAUGCCGCGAUCCGCGACUGCCGGGACCAGGUGGACGAGGCGCUGAGCCAGCUCAAUGACUCGGUGUCGGCAAUGGUGAUGGGUGAAGGGUUGACUGAAGCAAAGGUCAAGGACGUCCAGACGUGGAUAAGUAGUGCGGUGACGGACCAAGAGACGUGCUUGGAUGGUUUGGAAGAGAUGGGAUCAACCAGUGUUGAUGAUGUGAAGAAGAGGAUGAAGAAGUCGAUGGAGUUCACCAGCAACAGCUUGGCCAUUGUGGCCAAUUUCAGGGCCAUUCUUGACAAGCUUAGCCACAUUCCGCUCCAUUAGUUCAGGAACAAGUGUUUGACAUUUUGGAUUGUUUCAUUUUCUGCUUGAACAUCUGAAUUCUGUUUUGUUCUUGGUUUAUACAUCUCUGUUUGCAUUUGUAUGUUCAAACUUCAAAGCGGUGUGUAAAAAGGUGUAAUUAUUCACAUCCAAUUCAAGUGUUCUUCUUUUUUUGAUCAAAAAG